GAGACCGGAUAAUAUACGAGGCACGAACCAAUCUUGCAUUGUCUUGCCGCUCUGACCUAUCUCAGUUCUAAUUUAGGAAUGCCGGAGGUUCCCUAUCAUCAGUGAGGCGCAUAAAGCUGUAAAUUGAUUUGUCUGUCGCUCCGAUAACUAUUCGAUGUGUAAUCGCCGAUACUAUUAAGCUCUACACUUUAGAGUGCAUUCUGGUAAUCCUAUCUUCUGGAAUCUGUUCUCUCACAUUCUUCGCCGAGCGUCCCUUCCUGGUGAAUUCUGGAUUAAGCGUGUCCUGCAUGAGGUCGAGAUUAUUGGCAAUUGGGCCGCACCACCAGAUUGAAAUAGCAGUUGUAAAGAUUGCAUCCUGUUUUAGUACUGUGUACCGCUAGUGCGACAGCCCCAAAUGCCUAUUUUUCGUCAUUUGAGAUCGCGAUUCUCCUCAUCGUCCACCCCUGCAACUGAAAGCAGGCCUGUGGAUAAUUGUACCUUUCAACCUACCGACGGAGAAUUGGCUUCCAGUCCAGAGACGUGUAGACCACACAUACCCAACGGCGCCCAACCGAAAAAAGAAAUCACAACACAGUUGGAGCCCGUAUUCAGCUCUUCGUCCCAAGAGCCGUCAUACUAUUGGCAAAACAUUGACCCGCCGGCAGAAGUUCAUCGGUUUCAGCGCCGAACAUCCUACACUAAUCGACGACUAUCGAGCCGAUCAUCCAAGUGGAGGCCCAUGUUGCGCCCCAGCAAUACAUCCAUGAAUAAUAGCUCGCUCCCCGGCUACAACGCCGUGAGCGGUGCGGUUAUAGUGGAUUGGAAUGGGCUUCCCUACUUUCUAUCUCCUCAAGAGGAGCAGGAAAGAAAAUCGAAACUGGAGCGUGCCGUUCAAGAAAGAAUGUUGGGGCUUUCUAAAGAGACAGAAUUCGCUUGGUCGCGGCCAUGUCAUGGCACUACGUUGCCACGAUACUCUUCUACAAAGGACACACAGUCAUCACGAGCUUCCUAUAACAAAUGAGACUAUCAGCCAGACGCACGCAAAACAUGGUAUAUGUGCUAUGGCAAUCGGCAGGUCUUUA